AACAAUUUGAGAAUAAGAUGAGGUGAGGUCAAAUAAUACUGUAUUAAUAAAAAUAUUAUAACAUGUUAGAGGCUGAAAAUUAUGACCACUCUUUCAGUUUUAAAACCAACAUCCUCCCAGUAAUAAUUUAUGUAUGUUAUGUAUCUUUUCAGGGUAAAACAUCAUUUCAAAAUAGCACAUGAGUAAAAGUAUGAAAUGAAGUAAACAAUGUAAAUUAACAUUUUUUUCUCCAGACAGAAAUCCACUUUAAUGUAAAUGAUAUUCUAUGGAUUUUACUAGAACUUAAAGAUAUGGAUGAAUUCCAAUUUUCAGGGAACUGAUUGUAAAGAGGAAACACAGUUUACACAAGAUGAAACAAAAAAAGAAACGAAGGAGGAACAGAAAAAUAAAAAAUGCUGUUAUUACAUCCGUGAACAUAAAAUCAGAUGGACACUUAAUUCCAAGUGAUGGGGAUUUAUCACACAGUGAGCAAGAAAAUUCAGAAGACAAUGGACAAUCAGAAUUAGUGACUGGCCAUCCAGAUGAAGCUAAAAUUGAUAGUGAGAAUGGCUCAAUGAAGUAUAAUCAUUUACAGCUUUCUGAAUUGCAAAAAAAGGAAUUCCUUGAUUCUGUUGUGGUAAAUUCAGUGUCUUUAAAGAAGUCACUAAAUGCAGAUAUUACUGAAGAUGUGUCACUAUCAAUUACUCUAAAUGAAAAUAUAGCUGGCCAAUUAUCCAAUUGUCAUUUAUUAAAUGGGAUCAAAAGCAUAUCGCUUGCAGAAAGUGACAGUAACACUUUAGAACAUAAUCAAAAUUCAUUUCAACAAUCAGAUCAAAACGAUGCAAGAAAAAAUACUGUAUUGACUGAUAAAGAAAACAAAAAUACAUCUGCUGAAAACUUGGUCCAGGGAAACCAAAUGUUAAGCAAUGAAGAGGAAACAACUCUUUUACAUCCACAUGGAACUUCAAAAAGUAAUGAAAUGAAUUCCUGGGCUUUCUUUUCCUUUGAUCUGGUUGAUGAACAAUUUCAGACCAAGACAGAGAAAAACGAAUCUUGUUUGACUUGGCCUGAGGAUGUAUCUAAAAUGUUUCAGCAAAGAUCAAAAAAGGUAAAAAGGCAUAAGAAGAUGCUUUCAGAUGCAACAGAAAUAACUGAUUAUAAUUCUAGUAAAGAAUUAGUGAAAGAAAACAGUGGAAAACUCCUGCAUGAAAAUAACAAUACAACAAAUAGACCUUUGUCAUUAUUGGUGAUGGAAAAUAAGAUAUGUGAUAAUGCUAGCGAAUUUGUCAGAGAAAGCGGAAGGAAAGCCAGUUUCACAACUGAUGAAUGUAUAUUAGCUUUACCAAAGAAAAAAGAGAAAUAUAAAAGGAUCUUCAAAUUGGCCCCAAACUUUGAUUUACCACGGCAUAUUCCUCCUAAAAAAAAUCAGAAAGUGCUAAACAAUAUAGAUACAGUAACAGAGAAAGAAGACAUUUCAAAUGAAAACAUUCUAGAAAAGAAUGAACAAUGCUGUGAACUUCAAGCAUCCAAUUACAAUGCAGUAGUCAAAUUUUCUGAUUUUGAUGUGGAACUUCCGUUACACAAUGGUUCCAAUAAACUUGCAGACGAAUCUGUGAAUAUUUCAACAAAAGAAUCUGAUAUUCCAAUUCAUGAAUGUACUUUUGUUUCGUGUAAAGCUUCCUCACCAAGUGAACAAGAAUUGUUUGAAUGUGAUGUAACAAUAGAAAUUAAAGAAAAGGAAAAGGUAUCUCCAGAUAUUUCAACUACUCAGCCAGAUAUUUUGCAUUCAGUUAAACUAAUUACUGAAUGCCUUACAAACACUUCAGCUGAACCUUUUGAAAAUAUGGAAGUGAUUAAUGAAAGUGAACAAAAAGUAAACAUCAAAGAUGUUCAAGAUUCCACAUAUACAAAAUCCAGUAAUAUGGAGCUUCCUUUAUCACUAAGAUUUGUACUUCAACUAGUAGAACUUUUCGGUUCUCCAGGAGUUCCAUUAGAUAUUUUAUCGCCAGAUGAUUAUGUAGUUCCUCUUGACUGGGAAAUAUCAAAGGAGAUCUAUUUACAGUGGAAGACAUCUGUGGAGAAGAAACAGGAAAAUAAGCUAUUGAAAGAGAAUUCCUUGCUCGAUGCCGCAGCUGCUCUCCAGGAUUCAAAUAAGGAUGGUCAAGAAAGAAAAUCUUCAGAGAUAAAAUCAGAAAUGUCUUUUGGAGAAUCAUCAUUGCUCUGAAAAAUUGUUUCAAGCUACAAAAUUCAAGCAAUAAUGCUAGCCUCUCUGAAAUUUUAUUUAAAAACUAUCAACCUUUUUUUGCAGAAAGGUAAUUUCUUCCAAUGUUCUGAUUCUGUUAGCUCAAAGCUUUGAUUCAUUCUGAAUAUGAAAUUCAUAGACCGGACCCCCAUAGCAAACCAUGUUUGCUUCUGGUUUUGCUAGUCUCAAUUGUUGAGGCAAACUUUGCAUUGUAGAAAAAAUGACCGGAUAAAGAAAAAAGAAAAGUAAUGGAAUGCUUUGUUUUGAAUAUUACCAAGAGUAAAAAAUGGCUUUACCAAGAGAAGAUCAAUAUUAUUACUGUGGCAAUAGCAAGCUCAUAUAUUUUUUUAAACCAUAAUUGCUGAAGAUGUGUAUUAUUUAAUAUUGUUGAUUACCCAUAAUUCAGUGUGACAAUCCUCUAGCAUCUUACCACUUUGUUAAAGUGGACAUUGUAUUACUUUAGUUUUUGAUUCCUCCAUCCCAUUUGUUCUCUGUAGGCUAUUUCUAACCAAAUUGUGCCACAAUUCCCUUUACAACACCAGUGUGCAGUCUUUUCCAGGCUAAGGGCACCUUUAAUUUAUCAGUGGCAUAACAGAGGCUGUAUGUGAAAAGUAGGUAGUAUAAAAAAGAGUAGGUGAAUCUGGGAUGGAAUCUAAAUUGGAUUAAUUUAAUUUAUAUUUUAUUGUAAUUUAAAUUAUAUUCAGUUAAUAUUAUUCCCCAUGUAUUUAAUUUUCCUCUUCCAUCCCAUUUUAAAAAUGCAGGUUUUUAAAACUACCCAAAACAAAAUUUUAAAUUGUCCAAAACUAGAGAGGUUUAGGCAGUCAUACCUCAAAGCUUUCAAGGACCAUAUGCCAUGUAGGGCCUGAAGUCCUGUACAAACACGCAGUAAUUCUUAACAGUCUCCUGAACAAAAAGAACUGUUUCUGCUAUCUCCUUCAAAUGUCUUUCUUCUGAUUCUUGGUUUAACUCUUCAUAUUCAAAGUUUUGCUAAGAUAAUUGGUUAUCUUUCUGGUUUUUUGAUCCCAAUAUGUCCUUGUAAGACAACUGCAAUAAUUAUUACCGUCUUUCAAGAUCUCACAUAUCUUUUCUUACCUUCAAAUUCCUCCAUGACCAUCUUUUUUUAUCUCUUUACUUAUACAGGUAGUCCUCACUUAAUGACUGGUCACUUCAUGAUCAAAUUUAUGAGACCCUGCCCCCCAUCAAACGGUACUAACAACCCAGAUUCAAGUUCUAAGAGUCCCCCCUUGGCACCUGGCCCACAUUUAUGGCAUCUCAUGGUCAGUCAUGUGACCACAAACUAUCAAGUUUUUGCCAGAAGCUGGUGUUUACUUGCAGUUUCUGGCAAAAAAAACAACCCAUUGUGACACCACAAAAAUGUCAUAAAAUUGGCUCAGUCAUAACAAUUGGCACAACUUACUACUGUAAUUCUGGACUCCAUUGAGUUGAGGACUAUCUGUAUCUGGUUGCAUCCCUAUCCACUAUCCUCCAUUGUUAAGACCCUCAGAUCCUUUUUUUGUUGUUAUCCUAUGUUUGGAACUUCUUGGAAUACUGCCAAGAUGAAACCCAUUUUAUUUUCUAUUUCAGAACCAAUAGUAAUUGCGUGACUAUUAAACCCUAAUAGUCAUGCAAUGCUCUAGCUAAACCUCAGCUUGUGACACUGAAACAACCACAUUUUUGUUUCUCCCCGUCACCUGUUUUGUGUUGAAUUUUAAUUGUAAGUUCUUGCAUAACUUUAAAAUGCCUUAAUAACAUUAUAUAAAUAUUUUAUUUAUGAGCAGAGCAUAACAUUUGGCUAUAAAUUAAGCUAUUUUGUGCAAAGCAGAUGCAAGAAAGGUAAUUAUCCAGAGGGAAAGGUUAUUUAACAAAAGUACCAUUAUAUUGUGGAGAAAUGCAUUAAUUAGUAAGUUAAAAAUAGCUAAAUUUUUGUUUGCAACUGAAACAAAAUUACCCAUAAGCCCCAAUAAAAUGAGAUGUCAAUUUUAUUUAAUUGCAAUUGUUAGUAUAUGAACUGUAGUUUGGGUGGAUGAGAUAGUUGUAAGAUUUUUAUACUUAGGUUUGAUCUUUCACUAGCUUUUAUUAUUAUUAUUGUUAUAUUACAGAAUGUGCUUGCUUUUUGGCUUUCCCUUGGGUGGACUCAAAUUAACAACCAUCUAGAAUAAAAGUAAACCUCAAGAAUCAGCAAAAGUACAAAGCAUCAAACUUUUUGAAUCCCUAUCUGAGUUACCUGCUGCUUUUGAAUUUCAUUUUCAAAUAAAAUUGUGAAGCAAAGUAAAAUAAUGUGGCUUCAGCGGUUUAAGUCAUGUAUAUAUGAAAACCCCCCCCCCAAAUUAAGGGAUAUAAUAUCAUAGAUUUGGAAAGGUCAUGCAGGCCCUCAAGUCUAUCCUCCAGAUGAAUGUCAUAGCUGGCCUAAGGUCUAUCCAGCCUUUUCCUGAACAUAUCCAGUGAGAGGAAUUCCUUCCUAUGAAUUACUGUAACUCUUCAUACCAUUAUAACAUUUCUGUUAACAUUUAAUUGGAAUCCACUUGCCAUUAUAGUAAGAUUAUUUUAUGUCCUGCAUACUGGAACAAGAAAACAAGUUAUAAUUGUCUUCUGUGUGACACCUCUUUAGUGCUAGCUAGAAGAAUGCUAUUCUAUGCCCUUCAAUAAGCAUUUUACAAUGGUAGACAGACAUGUCCUCAUAUAUCUUAGUUUCUAAUCCCAAGAUUAUCCUUGCUUUUCUUUCUAUUGCUUAUUUUCUCGGAAUCUUCCUUAAAAUGUGGUAUACAGAACUGGACACAUGCUGAAGAUAGGACAUAUUAUUUUUAAACUAUAUUUCCAUUAAUUUAAUCUAUGAGUAUGACAAGUGGUAAAUUCCAACUCCUACAAUAAAACAUGAGACCUGUGUACACAAAGAGAACUGCAACUUGAUGGGCAUUUAGUUGUACAGUAGUUUGCUUUCAGGUUAAAUAGUACAUAGUGUAUUGUUCUGGUACAAUGCAAGUAUAUAAAGAGGUAACUGGCUACUUCAUUAUAAGAACAAUAAAUAGAACUCUAAGGGAACAGAGAGAAAGAGACGGAACGGGGAGAAGGGGAAGAGGUAGAAGUAGCUGUAGUAGUUAAAUAAUACUGGAUAACCAGUAAUAUUUAACAACUGGACAAUAAAAAAUAAAAUAACCAAUAUAGUAUAGAAAAAUAAAAAGUUUGGCAA